ACCAAACUCCGACAGACCUCAACAGUUCCCAAACCCUCUGAAAACCUCCGCCCCUAACUUCUUCCUCCUCUUUACGCUUAACUUCUCCUUCUCUCUCACGUACGAUCCCCCCACAAAUUUCAACUGAUCCCCGCAUAAUCAUUCCACAAUGGUCAGGUAUUGAUCACCGUGUUGAGCUGCUGUUUCUUGUUUGACUGUUGUUAGCAGAUAUCCAGUCAAAGAAUUUUGGUUAAAGGUAUAGGAUUUGGAAGGCUCGCUUGAAUUUUGGCAGAAAUGUGAGCUGCUUCUUUAGUGUCGGUGUUGAUCUUGCUCGUCAAUGGCUGAGUUGAUGGGGCCAAGAUUGUACAGUUGCUGUAAUUGUAGAAAUCAAGUUGCACUUCAUGAUGAUGUCAUUUCCAAAGCAUUUCAGGGAAGAAAUGGUCGAGCCUUUCUAUUCUCCCAUGCAAUGAAUGUUGUUGUGGGGCCUAAAGAGGAUAGGCAGCUUAUGACCGGCCUCCACACAGUCGCUGAUGUCUAUUGUAAUGAUUGCCGUGAGGUGCUGGGUUGGAAAUAUGAACGAGCUUAUGAAGAAACACAGAAGUACAAGGAAGGGAAGUUUAUACUUGAAAAGUCAAAAAUUGUGAAGGAAAACUGGUAGUGCAGGUUAGCGAUUGUCCUCUGUACGAAAUAUGGGCGCAAGUUUGAUAAUGGUUGCAUAUAUGUAUCGAACAAUUUCUCAUCAAUUCAAAGUGUUGAUUCAUUGUUUGUUGCUGUGGAUAUCUUCUGGAUUUCCUCUGGACUAUUUUGGAGAUCAUGGGAUUCGUACAUAAAUACGUCAUAUUCAAUAUCUCUAUCUUUGUGCUCCCUUGAUUAGUUGAAAUAAUAAACUUGUAUCCUCCCUUUCAAUGGGGAAGCCAGAUUUAGUUCA